GAUUGGCAACGAGUUAAGCGAGACAAGUGAUUAAAAAAUGGCAUCCGCGACGACGUCGCACAAUGAGGUUUCGCAGCAAUUUUCUGUCAACAAACUUAUUCGCGUUGGUUAUUACGAAUUGGAGAAAACAAUCGGCAAGGGAAAUUUUGCCGUUGUUAAAAUGGCAACCCAUGUAGUAACUAAAUCAAAGGUGGCUAUAAAAAUAAUAGAUAAAACAAAAUUGAACGAGGAGAACUUGGCAAAAAUAUUUCGUGAAGUACACAUAAUGAAAAGAUUGAGGCAUCCCCACAUUAUCAGAUUAUAUCAAGUUAUGGAAACUGAAAAGAUGAUAUAUCUAGUAACGGAAUAUGCACCUGGGGGAGAAAUAUUUGAUCAUCUUGUAAGAAAUGGAAGAAUGCCAGAACCAGAAGCCAGGAGAAUAUUUCGUCAAAUUGUUCUUGCUGUACAUUAUCUACAUCAACAAAGAGUAGUUCAUCGAGAUCUUAAGGCUGAGAAUUUAUUACUUGAUGCAGACAAUAAUAUAAAACUUGCUGAUUUUGGAUUUAGUAAUGAAUACACUCCAGGAGUACCUUUGAAUACUUGGUGUGGAUCACCCCCAUAUGCAGCUCCAGAAAUUUUUGAAGGGAAACAUUAUGAUGGGCCACGAGCUGACGUAUGGAGUCUUGGUGUAGUACUUUAUGUAUUAGUUUGUGGUGCAUUACCAUUUGAUGGUCCUACAAUGCAGUUAUUACGCUCUGUUGUGAUCUCAGGAAAAUUCAGAAUACCCUUUUUUAUGUCUGCAGAAUGUGAAAAAUUAAUUAGGCAUAUGUUGGUAGUAGAACCAGAAAGACGUUUGAGUAUUUCACAAAUUUUAAUUCAUUCUUGGAUGGGUGGUGAUGGUCAAACAGAACCAGAACCUGGGGGGUGCAGUCCUGAAACAACAACUAUUCCACCACAAUUAAAUCAAUUAGUUAUAGAAAAUAUGCUUAGAUUACCUGGGCUUAGUGCUGACACAUUGUUAAAAGCAAUUCAAGGAAAUGCGUUUGAUCAUGUGUCAGCUAUAUAUAAUUUACUAGUCGACCGAUUGGAACCCACGAUGUCUGCUUUACCAACUAUACAAAAUAUUCCAGGCGAUUAUAUGCCCGAUGGUGCACAUCAAUUAGAAAAGUUUGGAGAAGCAGAAGCAGAAAGUGAGGAGAGAAGCAGUCUUCAAUUAUCACCUGACACACCUUAUCACGCAACUAGAAGGCAUACAGUAGGACCUGGUGAUACGACGCAUCAACCUGCUACGUCAUAUCCUUAUGCCUAUAAUUAUACUCCAGGAUAUCCUACAUUGCGACCCCUUCCUAUAUUACAAUUCAAUAACGAUCCACAAGUGUUGCCACAUACAAAUUUACCAUUAAAUCUUCCAUUAGUCCAACACCAACCACCUCAGAAUUUCCAAAUCAAGGAUCAACAUUUAUUAAAACCACCACCUGUCAUGGGUGCUACAGGAAGUUUUGGACGAAGAGCCUCAGAUGGAGGAGCCAAUCUACACGUUUUUUAUCAACAACAUGGUAGUGGUUCUAGUGGAGGAGAGAAUGGUGGAUGGAGUCAACCUGGUAGUCGUGAACAUUUGCAGCCUUUACAACCUGGUAGUCCUUCACUGGUACAGUGCACACAAUCGUCAACAGUUACUAGCGGUGUUAGUGGUAACACAGAUGGUAAUGGUAGCAGUAGUGCAAGUGGAAAUAGUGCCAGUGAUAGAAGACGACGAAGUGGACUUACCGCAGUUAUGCAAAGACCUGUUAUAAAUCCGGAACUGGUAAUGGAGGUGGAAGCUAGGAUGAACAGAGCUUACCUGCCGUCACGAUUAUUACCAAGUCAUCUUAGAGGCCCGACACUUCCACAUCAUAGGAAAACUUCGUUGUAUCACGCUAGUGCUGGAAGUAGAGAUUCCUAUAAAGAACCAAGUAGUCAUGUUGCAACGGAGAGAUAUUCACCGGUUCGUCGUGCAUCGGAAGGAUCAGGUCCACCAGGUCCUGGAAUACAAGCACUUCAACAAGAAUAUCAACAGUUGCAGAGGCUAGCGUCUCCUUCGCAUAGUCCUGCAAGUAUACCAGGUUCUCCUGUGCACGAAAGAGGUGUAGCAGCCAUAACGCAAGGUUUAAGCGGUUUGACAACUGCACCCGUACAAGGUAGUAUAGUACACGGUACUCCUGCUCAAUCACCAGCCACGCCAUUAGAUUUAAGUCCCUUAAGGCAUCAUAGAUCACCGGCUACAACACCUGUCAGUUAUUCGCCUAGCAAUAGUCCUGCUUUGGAUAUGAUUCAAGAAGAGCAUCCUGUAGAAAUACCAAGAGUACCGCCACAAAUUUCAGUGACAGACGUUCUUGGAGGGCAAGUGACGUUAAUCAAUUGUUCACCGUCUCCGUCUCCAUCGCCAGAUUCGCUGGAGGACGCAUUACCGCAUUAUAGCACACUACCGAGUUUUAUCAUUUCAGAACCGUGUGAUCCUUCGAGACCUAGUAUAACGCGUGGUAUUGGUAGGCCACUAAAUACAGCAAUACCUACCGAAGUGGAGGUCACUCUAUCGGAUGAAUCAAGUAGAUUAAAUUCUGAAACUAUAUUGGGUCGUGUUAAAGAGAUCAUCGAUGCGAGAGCUCCACCAAAAGGUUUUAUCUUUUCGAGAGAAGAGGUAGAAGGUGGUGGAUUAAGUUUGGAAUAUCCCGGUGGUGUACAAAUUGAACUUAGAGUGUGCGAAUCUGAGGAGAGAGAAGUUAAAGGAAUUAAAAUGCGGAGAAUUAGCGGGGACCAAUUGCAGUACAGUCAGCUUUGUGAGCAAUUAAUUUCUUGCAUCACUGUUUGACGACGACAACCAGCUCAUAUGGUGUUGACGCUUUUUUUUAUGUAUUAUAAUACAUUCCUGGUGCCAGAUACACCACUCCAUACAGUAUUGCGCGUGCAUGCUGCAUAUAAGCAGACGAUAUUCGACAAUUAUCGUCAUUUAUCGUUUAUCUUAUAUUAUAACAUUUGUACGUCUAACGCUUAUUAUAUUUUUGUCUUUUUUUUUCAUCGUUUAUUCUUUAACGUGAAUUACGUCUGUGGUUACGUCUAAUAUCAUUAAUUUAUACAUAGUAUGAAAUUUUAGAAUGAUGCGUCGAAGGUCAAACUAACUUGUUUUAAAGGAUCAUAUACUUAUAUCAUACGUA